CGCGCGCGGGGAAUGGUCGACAGGUUCACGGACGCUACAGCACCCACAGUCCUCCAGCCGAUGGAACUGCUUCCACUGGACUACUUUUGUCUCUGCUAGGCUACGAACACCAGCAAAGCGUGUACGCGACCUCGCACGCUGCAGUGUUCGUUGCCAUGGGGACAGUAGUGUGUCUGCCCACAUCAGAGAGCAUGGGCCGUGUCUGUGGACACGCCGUCAACUGCUUCCCUUCGCAUUUCCAGCAGCGAGCGUCGAGGGGCUCGGCUGUCGAAGACCCUGUUGCAGAUGUCACACAAUAUCGCCAUCAGCGCCGGUCGAGCGAGUGCGUCGCUAUCGUCAAGACACGGCGCGUACCGUCACGUCGGGGCAGUUUGAAAGACGCGGCCUUAAUGAGCAGCUGUGACGACAGUGCGACCAACACGGCUGUGAAUCGUGGAGCUUGCGCAUUAAUUGUGACGUCAGCGUCGGCGUCGCCUCCAUCCAUGCGAACAUCAUCUGCACCAACGUUGUCAGGAAGUGGUAAUCGUGGUGGUAGUAGUGCUAGUGGUGAAGGAAGUGAUUUGCGAGGAAGUGGUGGUAGUCGGGUUACUAUAUUCACAGUAGCACCGCAGUUUCUGGUGACCGCUGUGUCUACCGCUAGCACAGCAACUGCUAAUCUACUACAAGGUCUUCAGAAGAAGAGGACCAAGAAAAAGAUCGUGGUGUCUUCUACAGGAAAUCACGUGGUGAACGAGAUAUCGAGCAUGGAGACAAAGCAGGACCAACCAUCUACACAGGAGGAAGAUCUUGUUAAAGACCAGAAACUUAGUUCCGUAAUUGUGCAGCUGGAUGCCCUUUUCAGCAAAAUAACCACAGAAUCGGUGGCAAGGAUUUGUGAUCCCUCAGUAUUCAGUCGAUACACAACGGACGUGUGGGUGUGA